CUGCCAUGAUAACAAAAAAACUAUGAUAAGAUACAAAAAAUAAAUAAAGUAAAAAAAUUUCUCGAUCAAUUGAGUUUGGGCGUAUUCUUUGGACAACAUCCAGUAAAUUCUUCUCAUUCACUUUCUUAUGCUUCAUUCACAAUUAAGACCACUAAUUCGGAUAAGUUGCAUGGAAAUAUAAAUUGUCACUUUAUACUGCUCCACAUAAACAAAAAUAAGAAAUAAGAAAAAAAGGCACGAACAAACAAGAAAAGAUUAUAAAAAGUUUCUCAUCGUGUACAUGAUUUUUCUUUCAUUGGGAGCUAACGAAUGUAAAAUUAUAAAAAGAGCGAAGUGUAAAAGAGAAAAACUUGAAUCGCAUUGGAAUUCUGAGUUAAUAUUAGGUGUUUUAGUGUAUGUGUAAGAUUUCUACGUAAUAUUCUUUGGACAUUCCAUUAGUCAUAGAAGAGAGAAUCAACAAGUUAGUUCAACUGUAAAUUUUUAUCGCGUUAAAAUUUCAAUUUAAAGUUUAAAGUUAUAGAUCAAAUUAAAACAGUGAAAAAUGUCUUCAAGAAAUCGAAAUUCAGAGCCAAGGGACAAUUUCUUACUGGAGACUAAUUUCGAUGACGAUGGUGCAUUAACGAGAGCUCAUUUUAAUAAUAAUUCAAAUGUUAAUAAUAAUAAUGGGAGUAAUUUGAACAAACCUCGACCAUUUCGAUCAAAUUAUUCGAUAGAUCGAUAUUCAGAUGCAGCUAAAAGCUAUUCAGAAGGAGAUUGCUGUAAAUCAUGUAUUACAAGAAUACCAUUUGCCACACUGUUGGCGACGAUAAUGUUGCUAAUUGGUGUAGGAAUAUUUUGUGCAACAAUGUAUCGGGGAGCAUCACUAUCAGUCAUCAUGUUUGAUGUUGUUUUUCAUCUCAAGCUUUUAUGGAUUGAAGCAAUACAAAUGAUUUUUGUUAUAAUUGCCGCAACAAUGGCAGCGAUUGGAUUCAUGAUAUUAUUUGUUGGAUGUUUGGCAACGGGAGCAACGAGGCAUAAAGUGUAUCGUGCAUGGGGCUCAAGAGUUGGUGGACGUAUUAGUUGUGCUGUAUUCAUGGCAAUUACAUAUAUCUUAAAAAUAAUUUGGAUUUUAAUUUUGUGCUUUUUGAGCAUCGUCACUUUUUGCUUUACACUUUUUUGGAAAAUGUGCUCAAAAGUUGAGGUGCAGACUCACCGGACGUGUAUUGAUCUCACACAAUUUAACUUUUUAUUCCCAGCUGAAGCAAGAGAAGAGGAUAUGAAAGUUUGUGAAGAAUAUGAAGUUAAAGCAUUUUGUAAAGAUGCAGUAGAGAAGGCUGAAAUUAUGUUCAUCCUUGCAAGUCUCUCAUGCCUUUUAAUAAUAUUAAGUUUAGUACAUUACUUGAUGUGUCUGGCAGCAAAUUAUGCACAUAUUCGUGAUCACGAAAAAUUUCAAGAACUUCAAGAAAUUCAAAAUUUGACCGAAAUGGAAUAUACGGCAGCUUCGAAAGAUCGUUUCUAGUAUAAGAAGAAAGUCCAUUGGAACUUAGAGCGAGAGUUUGACGUUUAAGUUUAGUUAUUCCGGCAAGUAAUGCCUUAUUUUUGCACCUGGUUUUUCAUUUAAUUUUAAAUUAAGGUUUUUAUUCCGUCCGAUUUAGUUGAACAUUCUAAAUUGUCACAUUCUUAAAAUUGGUACUUUAAUAUGUUCCGGAAUAUGAAACGAAAUUCUAAGAAUUCAAGCACAAUUUGUUACAAAACUAGCAACAAUUUUCAUUCAGAAUUUUCCUUGUAAUGAUUUCUGAAAAAAAAACAACAUAUUUUCUACUAUUCUAUUCAUAUGUUCCACUUAUUUUCAAGUAUCUUAAAGUAUCAACUCCCUAAAG